AUGUAUAAUAGGACGCAUCCCAAUCGUGCGGGAUUGAGGGAGGAAUUUAUAGAAGGAGUUGCGGGGUUUAUUGCUAAGGCGAAAUCGCUAAAUGAUUUUAUUAUUGAAGGGACAAUUAGGUGCCCUCGUGUUAAUUGCAAGUGUGUCAAGUUAUUGAGACAAGAUGUAGUUGAAAUUCAUCUUUACAAGAAUGGAUUUAUAGAAAAUUAUUAUGUGUGGAAUGUUCAUGGAGAGAAUCAUGAUUUUCAUAAUUCUUUUGGUGGUGAGGGUAGUCCUAGAGUAGAGAAUAAUUUUGAAAAUUCUCGAUUCAGUGUAAUGAUGAGAGAUGCUUUUGAGAUGUUCCCAAGGGCUCGAUCUGAACCAAAUGAUGAGGCUAAGUGCUUUUAUGAACAACUAGAGGAAGCUAGUCGUCCAUUGUAUGAAGGCUCAAUGCAUUCCAAUCUGUCUGUUGCAGUUAGACUACUAACUAUCAAAUCUGAUAGUUCUAUUUCUCAAACGGGCAUGGAUUCUAUAAUUGGGCCUAUGAAUGAACUAAAUCCGAAUAAAAUUGACUUACCCAAAGAUUUCUAUACUGCAAAGAAGUUGGUGUCCAAGUUAGGGCUUUCAUCAAAGAGGAUUGACUGUUGUGAGAAAGGAUGCACGUUAUUUUAUAAGGAUGAUGCGGCGUUAGAAAGUUGUAAGUUUUGUAACCAACCUCGUUAUAAGAAGGUUACAAAUGCUAAUAAGAAGAAGGUUCCAGUGAAGGCGAUGCAUUACUUACCCCUUAUACCAAGAAGUCCAACCGGUGUUCUAUGUCACCCGUCAGAUGGAGAAGCAUGGAAGCAUUUUGAUAGGGUGUUCCCGGACUUUGCAAGUGAACCAAGAAAUAUUAGGUUGGGAUUAUAUGCUGAUGGAUUCACUCCAUUUGUAGUCUCUGCCGCACCAUAUUCAUGUUGGACAGUGUUUGUUACGCAGUAUAAUCUUCCUCCAGAGUUUUGUAUGACAAGUCCAUAUUUGUUCCUAACUUACAUUAUUCCAGGUCCACGCAAUCCAAAAAGUUUGAUUGAUGUAUACAUGCAACCAUUGAUUGAUGAGUUAAAGUUAUUGUGCCAUCAAGGUGUGGAAACUUAUGAUAUAUCAACUAAACAGAACUUCAAAUUGCGUGCUGCUUUAAUGUGGACUAUAAAUGAUUUUCCUGCUUAUGGAAUGCUAUCCGGGUGGUCGACUGCUGAAAAUUUAGCCUGCCUGACUUGCAUGGAAGACACAAAAGCGUUCACUUUGAAACAUGGAGGUAAGAACACAUGGUUUGACUGUCACCGUCAUUUCUUGCCAAUGGAUCAUGAAUUUAUGAGAAACACUAGUGCAUUUAUGAAAAAUCAAACUGAUUAUGAAGAGCAACCUUCAGUCUUGUCGCCAGAAGAAAUUUGGAACAGAGUUAGGGAUCUACCUAAGGUAGCAGAGUCUCCAAUGCCUAAUAAGAUACUUGGUUAUGGUGUUACCCAUAACUGGACUAAACACAACAUAUUUUGGGAGUUACCUUAUUGGAAGCAUAAUUUUCUAAGGCAUAAUCUUGACGUCAUGCAUACUGAGAAGAACUUUUUUGAUAACUUGUUUAAUACUGUGAUGGAUGUCAAUAACAAGACAAAAGAUAACUUGAAGGUCAGGAUGGACUUGAAGGAAUAUUGUAGGCGAAGUGAGUUGUACCUUACAUACUUGAACAACAAGAUUCAGAAGCCCAAGGCCACUUACACAUUCACUUUGGAUGAGAGAAAUGAGAUUUGUCAGUGGGUUAAGAAUUUGAGUAUGCCAGAUGGAUACGCGUCAAACUUAUCUAGGUGUGUUAACAUGAAAGAAGGGAAGUUGAUGUCAAUGAAAAACCAUGCUUGUCAUAUUUUCAUGGAAUAA